AUGGCACAGUACUCGCCUCUUACCAAUCUCCCAACCGAGCUUCAGCUCCUCGUCCUUGAAAACCUCGACCACGGGUCGAAGGUCUGCCUCAGCCAAACAAACAGAUACUUCCGCUCUCUCAUCGACGUCAAGCAGCCGGGAGACGCCCACGAGCAGGUGUCCUUCCUGAAGAACUACGAACAAUGGCCAGAAAACGCCAAUAAACACGCCUGCUAUGACUGUCGAAUGAUGCUUCCAGACGAGGAAUUCGACGACAACCAAACCAGAGGCAGCCAGGCCAAAAACGGCUCUGAAGCUGAGAAGCGCUUCUGCAUCCGUUGCGGAUUGCUUAAACGCCUUUACAACCCCAUCGCACCGGUCAGCAUUCGCGGCAAGGUCUACUAUCGCUGCACCAAUUGCAAGGGGCUCCAGGGCUGGGGAAGCCGCUGCGUUUGGUGCUGGCAGUGUUCCAAGUGCCUGGGCUAUAGGAAAUUCGAGGUGAUUCAGAGAGAUCGGUGCCCAGAGUGUGGCUGCCGGGGAUCACUUCGUGACAUCGGACCAGAACGCACCGAUGCUGCUCAGACUGCUACUCAGGCUGCCCCUGCUACUCAGACUACUCAGAGUUCUGAGGAUAACGCUGGAGAGGGCAGCAGCAGCAGCGCUCAACCUUUGGAGGACGACUUUGCCAACUUGUUGGUUUAA